GAAACACUGGCCUAGUCCAUCUGAAUUCUGUAUGUAUGUAUGUGUGCGUGUGUUUUCUAGGCUGAGGACCACAUCUGGUCUUGAUGUGCUACAUCCCCCAAGUGGAAGAGAGCAGAAGAUAAAAGCAGCGGUGUUGGGAUGAACAACUCCACAGUUGCGGGGCUGGCACAUGUCCAGUGUCAGCUCAACGAUCCUCUGCAGUUUGUCCUAGUGCCGGCCACCUACUGCCUGGUAUUAUGCGUGGGGUUGCCAGGCAAUGUGGCAGCCUUGCUCGUUUUCCUUCAGAGUGGACGGGUCAGGAAAGCCAUCCGCAUCUAUCUCCUCAACCUCACCUUGGCAGACAUCUUCUUCAACCUCACCCUGCCGUUCUGGAUCACCUACUACCUAGCUAAAGGACACUGGGGCCUGCCAGAAGUCUUCUGCCGCCUGGCUGGAGCCAUUUACUAUCUGGCCACCUACAGUGCCAUGGCCUUCAUGACCUUGAUCAGCCUGAACCGAUACUGUACGGUGGCAAAGCUAGAACUGGUUCUGAACCGGCCACAGGGGGCACUGAUCAGCUGUGUGAUGGCCUGGAUUUUGUGCCUAGUCUGCGCCGUUCCCUCGUUGGCUAAGCGGCAAACCCACCAGGCAGAGUCCACAAGCUUGAAAUGCUUUGAACAUCACUCAGGCCAGAGAACGUAUGCCUAUGCUAUGGUGGUGGUCUUCACUCUUUCUUUCUUGGUUGUGCUAGGGACCUACUUGUCUAUCAUGAGAACAUUGUCCACUGCAGCUGGCACUUGUCAAGGUGGCCACCGGCGCAGAGCACGUGCCAUGGUCCUGGGCAUGCUCUUAGUGUUUGUGGUCUGUGUGGCACCUUAUCACCUCUCCUUGGUUCCUUGGGUCACUGACCAGAUGUCUGGUUUGGCCUGCAGCCCUCCAUCAUUCCUAGACAACCUCCACAUGUUGAGUGUGGCUCUCCUGAGCCUGAACAGUUGCAUUGACCCACUUAUAUAUUGCUUCUCUAUCAAGCGCUUCCGGACUGAUUUGUGGACAAUGGUGCGAAAGGCUGCCCGCUGCCGUCCCCUCCCUUCAUCUCUGCCACCACCUCUGCCGACACCAUCAGAAAACCGAGUUCCACCCAACGUUAGGUCUUCUUCCUUAACCUCGUUAUAAUUGGAAGGAGGCCACAUCCAUCCAACCAGAUGAAAUUGCCUCAAGGUUUAUUUUGCACCUUCUGGACUCAGUGCUUUUGAUUAGCAGAUGCCUACAACAGAAAGACCUCCUUUGAUUGGCUCCUGCUUUGACACACCACAUUCUUUUGAGUUGAGGACCACGUGUGGGACUUGAGAAGUAUGCCAGGGACAGUAUGUGGAGGAGAUAAAUGGAUGUAAUAAAGCAGAAAGUAGGCAUCUUUAGAAUAAAACUGGGUGUGUUAAGAUUCU